AUGUAUAAACUAGUAAGAGCUCAAAAAAAGUCUAAAACAUUCUCCCUCAUAGUCAUUUAUAUGAUAAUUGAAGUAUAUCACCCAGGUACAUGUGGAGAUAAAGUUUGUCCAUCAAAGACUUGUGGUUCAAAGAUUUCCCAGCUCAAUGAAGUGUUCAUAAGGAAAGUACUGAAACGACUCUACCCUGAAACUUCAUCCUCUUUUGCACAUACCUCAAGUAGAGGAGAGGAGGUGGUUCUUGGAAAUCUGGGCUCAAAAUCCAAAGAGAAGAAUUCGGAUAAUGUUCAGACUUCAUCAGCAGAUGCUAGCACAUCAACCGACACACCCUGCGAGUCAUUGCAAGGUAGUGACAAUACAAUUCUGUCUCCAAGGAGAAAGUACACAGUGACUCUUCCUCCGGAGGGUUACGUUGCAGUAGCUCCAGAUGCUAUUAGUAUUUCAGUUUCUGAAAACUCAGACUGUGGUGGUGACUCAACAGAGGAGGAAUAUCAAGGACAAACCAAGAGAAAGCGCAUUCGAAGGAGGAAACAAAAGAGCAAUUUGCAAAACUCUAACAAUUUACAUGGAGAACAAACAGAAUCUGGAAUGCAAGAGACUCUUGUUCAAGAUAAUCUACAGCUGCAGCGGAUAGACAGUCCCAAAAUAAGCAAAAACAAAAAGAGGAAAUUGAAAAAGAAGCGACAGAAAGAAAAAAUGAGAGCAGCUGGCUUGGUAACAAAAAGUACCGGUGUGGAUUUUACAUAUCAGCCUGAUGCCAACAGCAGAGAAGCAGCAGCACGCUUGAAAGACAUAGAUGAAAAGGCAGAUAGCAUUCUGGACUUCCUGCAGGCAACACAACAAAUUUAUUUUGCUGACAAUAAAUCAACAGGCACGGAUUCUGCUGCAAACCCAGCAACUGCCCAAGAGCUUUUACGGUCUCUUGAAUCUCGCACCAUCUCUUCCUCAGAUGUAACUCUUCUGCAUCAGCUGAAGUCCCUUGUUUUACUACAGGAUAUUGAGAGACUGAAGGAUGCUUUGAAACAAUUCCAAGAACACUCCAUGAUGCCUCCUGAUCAUACCAAGAUUGUCACGUCUCUGUUUCACUACUGGAUUACAGAUAUCCUUCCUGUGAAGAACAGGAGAUAA